AAAUUCGAAGCCAGAUGAAAGCCAGUAUGAAGGAAAAAAAAAGGAAUUUUAUUUCGACGGGACCGGCGGCCUUGUGAUCUCUCUCGAAGUCGCCAGUUUUUGGAUCUGUCUUUUCUCUCCAUCGUUUAGUAAAUGAAUUUAGGCUGUUUUUCGAGAUAAUUCAGUAUUUUUUGGAUUUUCUCGGAUCAAACCUCUUUUCUUUUCAUCUUAACAGAAUCCCCCUUUAUAAAAUGGUCAAAACAUCGCAAAUUCCUUUAUUUUUGGAUAAGAGAAUGUUUUGGUCAUUUUGUAAUUGAAUUUUACGGCGAAAGAUUAGGAGAAAAAAAAAAAGAAGAUAAAUAGAACAAUGCAAUACCAUCUCGUGUAAUCUUCACAGGUGUGCUUUCCCGAAUCUUCGCCGCCGCCGUGCUUCGAUCCACCGUCCCCGGCGCCACGAGGCAGGCCUACUUCGUCAAGGCAACUCCUUGCCUGCACACCCUCCUUCUCGGUUGCCCUACUUCUACGAGUUUCCUGAUGGCCAGGUUCUUCAAAGUUCGAAGAAUUAUGAGGAAACUUGGAUUUGAAAAGGAUGAUAUUUACUUCGUCAAGCAGAUGGGGAAAGCUAUGCUCUACACCUAUACGAUCUUUGGGCUAGCUUGGUUGUGGAAUGAAACUUCUCCGCUGGGUUGGUGGAAUAUUCAGCCGCGGCCAAAGGAGGAGAAAGAGAUGGCUCACCUAUAUGAGCGCAGAAGAUUUCCAUACCCGGGCGACCAAGAGGCAGUCGAUGAGUUCAUUAAAAGCGGAGGAAGUCUUGGCACUACCAUUGGACCCAAAGGAUUUAUAGACAGCGAUAAGGAUAUUGACAACCUGCAAAAACAAUUGCAGUCUCAAAAAUUUGAACAGGAAGCUCAAAAGCUAUGGUUUCGCAUGAGGAAUGAAGUCAUACAGGAGCUCCAAGACAAGGGCUUCGAUGUCGAGUGAAGAUGCACGAACAAAGAGUACGAUUAAAGAGCUCGAUCACGGACAACUUUAGGAAAUUGACUACUACUAGUAGGUUAUGGUUGUUAAAAUUCCAUGCAUGUGCUGGUUUGAUUCUAUGUCAAGUUGUGACACAGUUGGCACAAAACUUUGUUUUGCAGAAUUCCUCUCUCACAAGAACAGUAGUAGCACUGUAAGAAUUCCCUUGUGCCGUUCAUAAAUGGUAUGAUGUCUGGUAUCGAUGUUCACAAAUGAAACCUGAAAAGAGUACUUUCACAUACCA